AUGCGAUACUUAAAUAUCAAAAUCAAAAAGUUAUCACUAAUUAUUGCUUUAGCAACAUUUGCAUAUAUUAGUCUUUGGUACUUUUAUUCACAACAACCACUUUUGGAUUUGUUCAAUAAGUUUUCUUUUCAUAAAAAUUUAGAAAAUGAUGAUAUGACCCUUGGUUUUGAUCAUAUUUACGUUACAAAUGUUUCAAAUCAUAAUAAAUUACAUCUAUUACAAAAAAAUUACGUUAGUAAUAGUAUUUAUCAAUCAAUUGUGGAUCAUAAUUAUAAGAGUGCAUUAAUUUUAGAAGAUGACAUAGAUAUUGAAUUAAAUAUCAAGUCGAUUAUGACUGAUAUCCAUCCCAUAUUACCUGCUAAUUGGGAAAUUCUAUACCUUGGUCAUUGCAGUAAUUGGGAAGGGAGUUCGGGUGAACCAUUGUCAGAUCAAAAUCAUGGACAAUCUAUUUAUAAGCUUUUCAAAUCUAAUAGGCCAUAUUGUACACAUGCUUACGCCGUCUCAUAUCGUGGUGCUCUUAAACUAUUAAAAAAGUUUACUGAAUUAAUAACUCCAAUCGAUCUUGAAUUAACUAAGAUGAUUACAACAAAUGAAAUUUCCUCAUAUACUAUUAUACCAUCGGUUAUAACGAGAUGUCUUAUUUCUGAUGAAUCAACAGAUCUUUAUCCAGGAAAAAAUAUAUUAGAUGUAUUCUCUUUAAAGAAUUCCACUUUAUUUUCUCUUGGAUUUAAUUAUGAAUUAAAUAGUACUCUCGGCUUUAGUCACAUUUACGUUCUUGGUCUUGAAAGUCGGCGUGAUAGACGUGAAAAAUUAGAAGUUUUAGAGAAAAAACUUAAUCUAAAAUUCGAAUUCUUUCCUGCUGUUCCUCAAGAAGAUAAAAAAGCACUCCAAGAACUUGAAUUAAAAGAUCCUAACUUAAUGCCAGCUCAAGUUGCUUGUUAUCUUAGUCAUUAUAAAAUUUAUCAAUCAAUAAUUCAACGUGGAUAUGAUAGCGCUUUGAUAUUAGAAGAUGACGUAGAUUUCGAACUUAAUAUCGCAUCAAUCAUAGCAAAUACAUAUCGAGUUUUGCCUUCCGAUUGGGAUGUCUAUUAUAUUGGCUAUUGUGACUAUAUGGAAAGAAGUGGUUAUAUAUUAGAUGGUCAAAGUAAUUCACCAUUUUAUAAAGUUCAUAGAUCUGUUAUGCCAGUAUGUACUCAUGGUUACGCUGUUUCGCGUGCUGGGAUACUAAAAUUAUUAGAACAUCUUAAUCCAAUAACUGAAACAGUUGAUUCAACAAUUCUUCGUUUAAUGCGGGCAGGAACUAUUAACUCUUUUUCUCUUGUACCAUUGGCAAUGGUACAAUGGCGUUCUUCAAUUAAUCCAUCAGAUAUUGCUCCUGAAUUUAGAUUUCAUUAUUUCAUCUCUUUACAACAUUCCGCUUUAGAACAUUUUGGUCUUAUUAAAGAAACAAAUAAUACUCUUGGAUUCAAUAAGAUUUACUUUAUUAAUUAUCAGGAUGAACCGGGCUAUCAAAAUAUCACUGAAAAAUUAACAAAAAUGUCAGAUAAAUUAUGUUUAGUUUUUACUAAUUUCGAUUCUAUUUCCUCAAGUAAAAUUAAUCAAAAGAACAAAUUGAAAGAAUCACAAAAAGUUUCAUAUUUAAGUCAUUAUAAAGUCUAUGAAUCAAUUAUCAAUAAUGAAUAUGGUAGUGCAUUGAUUUUAGAAGGUGAUAUGGAUAUUGAACUUAGGAUCACAUCAAUUAUGGUCGAUAUACAUCGAAUUUUACCAACGGAUUGGGACAUUAUAUAUCUAGGUUAUUGUAAUACUUCUGAAAGUACAUCUGGUGAACCUUUACCGGGUAACAAUAAUAAUCAAUUUGAUUAUAAAUUAUUUAAAUCAGAUAAACCACAUUGUACAUUUGCCUAUGCUGUUUCAUAUUCCGGUGCUCUUAAGUUAGUUGAAAAACUUGGCAACUCAAUAACAUCACCGCUUAAACCACUUGAUAUAGAAUUAGUUAACAUUAUACAAUCGGGAAAAAUCAAUUCAUAUACUCUUGUACCACCAAUCAUUACAAACUUUAGAAAAUCUCAUUACGGUAAAGACAUUUCUGACAUACAUUUAAAAAAUUCUACUAUAGAAUAUUUCAAAAUAGAUGAAUAA